AUGAAGAGGUUCUUCUCGCGCAAGAAAUUACGCAAAUCCAAGUCGGACUUCACCAGUGACAAGACCGCAGAGAAGCAAGAGAUCGAUGAUGGCUCGCAGCAUCAGCAAAACGGAGCGGUGCCGACGUCGGAUGCGAUUCCGAUACCGCAAUCAAAGUCAUCGAAUAUUGUGCAACACAUUUCCAAUUCCUAUGGGGACGACUAUGAAGCAGUCUGUUCAUCGAUAGGCGAUGAAUCGCGCAAAAAUUUUGAUGCGCAGUUAGACAAACACAUGAUGCAGACAAUCACCGAUGUUAAAUAUAUGAUUAAAAAGAGCAAGUACACUGCAUUGGGCGAGGUGAAUUUCCAAAGAUCGUGUCUCGAUGCGCACAAUGAAUGCAGACAGCGUUACGGUAACGAUAGUUUAUGCUGGUCAACAGAGCUCGCUGAAAUGGCUCACGCAUGGGCAGUGAAACUCGCCGAUCGCGGUAGGAUGCUGUACCCGGAAUUACCCGGAAUCGGUGAAAACAUAUUGAUGAAAGAAGCAAAUCACGCGUCGCAUCUUCCCACUGGACCCGAGGUCAUUGAAGAGUGGGAGAAGGAGGCACAAUAUUUUGAUUUCGAUAAACCGCGAUGGAAUUCAAAAUGCCAGCGAUUCUCGCAAGUUGUGUGGAAAGACACCACUGAAUUAGGAGCGGCUCGAUAUUGGAACACAACGAACAACUGCGUCGCUGUAGUAUGCUUCUAUCGUCCAGCCGGAAACUCGAAUGCUCCUGGAGAGUUCGCGUCAAAUGUGCCGUCUCGCGAAUGCUCAAUGUCGCCGAUACGCAGCCAGUUCAAACGUCACGUCACGAUUUCAACUCCGGAGAAAACCGUCAACUAG